GGGUCAGUGUGUCGCUGCGGCUCUGAACCCAGACCUGGAGGAAGUUCACGCUCGCAUGUAAUUCCACUUUAGUUGGACUCAAAAUGCUCAAGUCACUGUUUCUCUGUUUAUCAACUGUGGCUCUCUAUGCCUGUGUAAAUGGUGCUUUUCCACCGCCAUGUGACAGUGAAAUAUACUGCAUCGGGCCCAUCUUGCAUCAGGUACAGACCGCCAAACUGUUUGAUGAUGAUAAAUACUUUGUGGACAUGAAACUGAAGGAAACUCCUGACAUUGUUUUGUCUGCUUUCCACAACCUUUCAAUUGAAUCUCCAAACAACAUCGUCCCUCCUGCUAAACUGCAGGUGUUCCUCAGUACAUACUUUGAGAAACCAGGGACGGAGUUUGAGUCAUGGACACCACCGGACUGGCAUAACAAGCCAAAGUUUCUAGGAGGAAUAGUAGACCAACAACUACACGACUGGGCUGUAAAAAUCCAUACUCUGUGGAAGUCCCUCGGCAGAAAGAUCCGCACCGGUGUCAAGGAUCACCCCGAGCUCUACUCGCAGAUAUACACCCCGCACCCUGUUGUCGUGCCUGGAGGGCGCUUCAGGGAGCUCUACUACUGGGACUCCUACUGGGUCAUCAAUGGGCUCCUGCUGUCGGAGAUGACAGACACGGCACAGGGAAUGAUUCAAAACUUCCUCUACCUUGUCAACAGAUAUGGAUUCAUUCCAAAUGGUGGGCGGAUUUACUAUGAGAGACGCAGCCAGCCUCCAUUCCUCACUCUAAUGGUGGAGAGCUACUAUCGAGCUACCAUGGAUAAAGAGUUUCUCAGAACAGCUUUGCCUGCUUUGGAGCAGGAGUACCGCUUUUGGAUGCAGAACCGCUCUGUGGGAGUGAAAAUGAAUGGGGCUGAGCAUGUACUCAACCGGUAUCAUGUGCAGGUGGGCUCCCCCAGGCCUGAAUCGUACACAGAUGAUCUGGAAUUAGCUGAAGGACUUCCUGAAGAGCGCAAGGAGCAGCUGUUGAUGGAACUGAAAGCGGGUGCGGAGUCUGGAUGGGACUUCACAUCCCGCUGGUAUGUAGAUGGUGAGGGGCACAACAACGGCACCCUGGGGGACACCAGAACCAGCCACAUCCUGCCCACUGACCUUAAUGCCCUGCUGUGCCUCACUGAGAAGACUCUUGCUUCAUUUCACAGGAUACUGGGUGAUGGUGACUCAGCCGCACUGUAUGACCAGGCGGCUGCCCGCAGACUGGAGGCAAUAGAGUCUUUGCUGUGGGAUGCUGAGAGAGGAGCCUGGUUUGACUUCAACCUGGUGACACACUCCAAACACUUUGAGUUUUAUCCGUCCAACCUGGCACCUGUUUGGGCCCAGUGCUAUUCUGGGCCUGAGAUGGGGGAGAAGGCAGUACAGUAUCUAAAGAGGAGCGGUGCUCUGCAGUUCCCCAAUGGAGUUCCGACAUCCCUGAGAGAUUCUGGGCAGCAGUGGGACUAUCCGAACGCAUGGCCUCCUUUGCAACACAUGCUUAUCGAUGGUUUAUCCAAACUGCCUUCAGAGGAUGCUAAACAGCUAGCAUUUGAUUUAGCCCAGCAUUGGAUCAAGACAAACUGGCUGGCAUACAUGAAGUAUGAAGCCAUGUUUGAAAAGUAUGAUGUGAAUGGCGAUGGCAAACCUGGUGGUGGAGGCGAAUAUGAAGUUCAGCUUGGUUUCGGUUGGACCAAUGGUGUGGCCCUGCAGCUCCUGGACCAGUAUGGGGCCACUCUCACCUCAGGAAGCAGCCAAGUGUUUUCUGGCCUCCUGCUGCCGCUGGUCAUCUCAGCCACUGUCAUGCUCCAGUAAAUCAGAGGUGACAAAAAAAAAAAAAAACCUGACUUGAGGUUGGAUUUUAUUACCCCUGCCAAGGAGGUUAUGUUUUCCGUUUCGCUUUGCUUUUCAGCAGGAUUACAGAAGAACUACUGGCCCUGAAUUCUAUAAAACUCAGUGUAAUGGUGUGGCAUGAUCAACCAACGAACCCAUUACAAUUUGGAGCAGAUUGGCCUUUGCAAAACUCUUUGCUCUCUGAAUACUCUUUGAAUUAUAUCUGAUUUCACUGCACUACAUCACUCCUGUCUACUGACAACUUCAAACACAGAAAUAAAAUAAAAGAGACUAAAUUUUGCAUAUUUUAGCAAGAUAUGAUAUUUUGCUAAAUCAUAUAUAAUCAGUAGGAAACUAGAUAUGAUUUAUCAUAAACUUAGAAUUCCUUUGAUGAAUAUUUUAGUAUUUAUCCCCAGAGGAAAAUGAUCUCUGGAAAUAUCACAAGAUGCAGCUCAUGCCGGCACUUCUGGACUCUCUGGCAGUGCAGGCUGUCAGUGCUCGCUGCUGCUCGGAUUACAACAUUAAUUCGUCCCAGAUAUUGCACUGACAUUACCAAAAGAUAUUCACCUAAUUCAAUUACAAACUUUAUUGCUGUACUGCCGCUUAACUCACUCGGAUGCCUUUUUAUUUGCAUGCAACCUAGAGUUAGAAUGUGAACAAGAUUAUGUGAGGAAUAAAAUGCAGAGUGAAAACAUUGA